AUACUUUGCAUCAGUCAGUGCACUCAUUCAAAAGCCAUGGGAAGAAAAUAGAAUGAACAGUGAUAACUCCUCGACAAGUAUGUAGGACCAGCUGGAACUACAGAAUUAUCCCACCAUGACAAUCUCCUUCCUCCGGGCAGCCUGAUGAAAAGCCAUACCAAGGAGUGCGAGUCCGAGACCCAGUCAAAGAGUUGCUGAGGAGGAAACGAGGACUGCUUCUCCACAAUGCCAAAACAGUGCCCCCUAGAGCGUUACAACAUGGCUGCAGGGCUGGGCACAGGGCCUAUGCAAAUCAACUCAGCCCAGCCGUGCCAAGGAGCCCUCUUACCAACCUAUGAAUUACCUCUGACAACACACAACACACACACAGUUGGGGUACUAAACAACAACUUGCCUUCAUAUGCACAGCUUGGGACUUCCGGGUUUGAAGUGGCUAGUAGCCUAUCCAGUGACUCCUCCACAGUCAAUGAUGUCGGCCUCUGUGCAGGUUGGAUAGCCCAGCCUGCAGCUACUGCUCUCCAGCCCAUGAACCAUUGGUCUUACCCAGAGUACCUCCAGCAGCAUGACCCCACCACCUCAACCACCACCACCCUGCCCCUCACCACUGACACGUACAUGCAGCCCAUGUGUCCCAGCUACACCGUGGUGGGCCCAUCCUCCAUGCUCACCUACACACACACGCCUCUCUUUACCAACUUCGGGACCCUAGCACCAACAUCCACAGCCCUACCACAAGUGGACCUCCAGGACUCGGUGCUGACUUAUAUCCCGUGGGCCCAGCCGCUAACCACCAUCCCUUCCUCAGGAGUGCAGUUUGCCUCUCACCCUGCCACUCUGGCUGGGUCUCAGCUGCUUCCGAUGUCCAUGCCAGUGACCCCCACCAUGCCCCAGCAGGACCCUCAGCCCCAGCCCCUGGAGCAGCACCCUGCUGGGGCUGAAGAACCCAACCCUCUGGAGAAACUUCUGGAGGACCAAGAUCAGGAUGACAAAUACACAUAUGUGAACAGUUCCUCAAUCUUCAUCCCCGGUGUCUAAGAUAUAUCAGUGUUGCAGCCAGUCGUAAGCAUUAAUGAAAUGCUUACACAAUGCUUAUGAAUGUGUUAUGUAGGUACCCAUUAUAUUUCUAUUGCUCAGAAUUCAGGUUAAUAUAGAGUAUGUUUGUAGUUAUACUAUCCUUUAUGUUGUAAUGUACAUUUAAGUACUGUGAAUUGCUUUUUUCAUGAUGAAAAAGGGAACAGUGUAGUUUUACUAGUUCUAAUAUUUACUGAACAAAUGUUUUGCUGAAAAAUAACUGCUGUCAUGUAUUAUAGAUGCUUUAACUGAAAGACAGGCCUUGAUUGAUAUGUCCCGGAUCAUGCUAAAAGUUUAAAUGUCUUUUUUUAUUUAAAUUACUUGUAAGGUAUUUAUUUAUUUUAAGUACCUAAUUUCUGACAGCCAUAAUCGAAUACAGUUGUUUUAAAAGUAGUUACAGGAACUGAGAGGAGGUUUUCUCAUCUUGAGAUGUCUAUUCAAAUAUUUGAAAUAAUUUCCUAAAGUCAUUCAAUUGUUAAAUCAACCCGUGAUGAAAAAAGGGAACAGUUUUGUAGUUUUACUAGUUCUAAUAUUUACUAAACAAAUACUUUCCUGAAAAAUAACUGCUGUCAUAAAAUAACUGCUGUCAUGUACUAUAGAUACUAUAACUGAAAGGCAGUUAAAUCAACCCAUAUCUGUAUUUAUCCAGGGUCUGCUUUGAAGAGUAUUUGGCAUAAAACAUGAAAACCUCCUCUCAUUUCCUGUUGCCUUGCUCUCUCUUGCUGUUAUUUUUUGAAGCAGAAGUUGGAAGUUAUGGCUGUCAGUUAACUAUGGUACAGAAGUGGGAAAGCCCAUGGUUCUCUGUUUAUCUGGCUGUCCCAUCAGUGUCUCCCCUGUAGGGUCCCCUCCUCCGAAACCGACAAAGACUGGGCUCUGCAACCCACCUGCCACACCCACCUGAAGCACACCAACUACUGCAGGUUUGAGGUCCAGCAAGACUGUGUGCUUGUGUUCAUUCAGUUUAUUGGUUUAUGUUUGGAGAAAUGUUGCAUACAGAAGUGUUAUGUGUGGUAUGUUCAGUGUAAAAAAUAAAUGAAAAAGCCAUGUAACAUUACAGUAUUGAGAAAUCCUGAAGCGUCUGAGGCUUCAAAAUGUAUUAUGUCAAACAUAUUAUGUCAAUAAUUGUCAAACCUCUACUGUUUCUGUUUAUUUUAAUUUUUUUCUGUUUAUUUUUAAUUAAAGUUCACUUAGAAAUUCA